AAAAAAAAAAUUUCUUUCAUCUUCUUUUUCUUCCCAGACAACACUCGCACAGACACUUCACUGCUUUCACCUCACACAAAUAAGCAUUCAUCAUGGAUAUUUCAGAAUUGGUUUCCCCGUCACCACAGCAAUCACAAAGAGGAUUGUUCACUUGUAAUUGGAAUUCAUGCGGGAAGUCAUUCGGGCGUAGAUCUGACCUUGAGAGGCACUAUCGCAUACAUAUCAACGAUCGGCCAUUCGUUUGCACUUUCCCUGCUUGCAGAAAACGUUUUAUUCAGAGAUCAGCCCUUACCGUCCAUAUGCGUACACAUACUGGAGAACGACCACAUACAUGCGAGCACCCAGAUUGCAAUAAAAGGUUCAGCGAUAGUAGUUCCCUAGCUAGACAUCGACGUAUACAUACUGGGAAACGUCCUUAUGCUUGCCAAUACGAAGGUUGUGGCAAAAGCUUUACAAAAAAGAUGCUGUUGGCAAGGCAUACUCGUUUGGAACAUGCCACGGCUGCCAAAGUUCGACGUACUUCAUCAACAAGUAGCGAACAAGACGGUGACGCCAGUUGCAGUCCUGUUGCAUCCUCCCUUCCAUCUCCGUUCUUUGCUGGCUAUUCAUACCCGGAAUACCGCCCUGUACCUUGUGUCAUGACCUGUAAAAACACCCAUUCCGCAGAAUUUACCCAAUAUUACGCAUAUAUGAGCUCAACCACAGCAACGGAAUGAAAAACGAAGCUUGUCAUGGGAAAGCAUGAUAGACUGAUCCAGGAACCAACUAUAUUUGGGGGAAACUGAAAGGAACAUUUCAUCUUCUUACAUAAAAUUCCAUGGCAUUCCAUGGUUUUUAGGUUUCACAUUUGCAGUUGUUGCACAAUUCUCAUACUAGAAGAGAUGUUUUGGUUCCAUGAUCAAAAUCAUUUCGUUUGUAGAGGGUAUACCCCAUCCUACAUUUUCCAUCAGCUUUCAAUGCAUCAUUCAUUCACAAAGAGAAAAAACAAGAACAUUACCAGAUUAAAAGCAUCGCCCAAACAUUGCAUACAAUUCGUUAUACUGUGUGUUCUUAUUUUGAUACCUACAACAUCGAAA